GGCUUGAGUUGAGGGAUGAUGGAGAAGAGUGUGCAGCAGAUGCAGGAGGCCACCAACCGCCUACUUGAAGCCACGUAAGAGCAUCCGGCGUUGCUCAUGUGUCCGCCAUUCAUUCCCACCCGUCGAUGUGCAGUCCCGAGUUGGCUCAGCCCGACAGGGGCAGUCGCCACACGACCAAGAAAGACACUCUCAUCCAGCCGCCGGAGACCAAGAGGGACAAAAAGUCCGCACGGGUGCGCGGAGGACCAGAAAGAGAUGAGAAUCUCCAUUCAAUCGCGCGUGUAAGUGUGUGGCUGGCUGCAGAGUUCGUAUGACGAGGCGGGUGGAGCACCGAGUGGUGGCGGUGGUGGUGGCGGUCCCUCGUCUGCCAUGGCAGAGCUGCGGCGGCGGAACCAGGAGCUCGCCGAUCAGGUCAAAGAGCUCGAGCAGCAACUCAAGUACAGAACGGUACCAGCGCACGGACGACACGACACAUGGCCGGAAUGCAUCGUUUCAUGUGUGUCGGUCGGUCUGGCUGGCUGGCUGUCUGGCCUGCCGUUCAUCAGAGCACUUACAUCGAGCAGGAGGCGCGUUUCAAGGAGCAGAUAGGCCUGCUUGAGAAGCAGUUGCAGCACAGAACAGACGACGACUACCACAAGAGAAUGCAGGUAGGUGUGCAUUCGUGGACGUCGCCGGCCUUUCCAUGCGGUGUGUGUUAUUCCCUCAGAGCAUCAGGGGCCUGCAUGAGGACACUCUGCACGGGCUGGAGCUCAUCCAGGGCAACACAGCCAGAAUACUGCAGGGUAGGGUGGAGGAAGAGGGAGGGAGGGAGGGAGGGAGGAACACACGGUCGCCGUCGCUCUCCUGGUCGACAUAUGUGUCAUGUGUGUGGCGUGCAGACCAGGAGAAGGACCUCAUGAGGGCGUUCAGAGCCAGGUGGGUGGGCGGGCGGGUCAGCAGCGGCGACUCUCAACAGGGUGGAGACACACACACACACACACACACCCCACGGCGCUCGAUGUCUCUGUCUUCUUUCUGCAGGAUCCAAGACCUCAACAAAGAGCUCAAGACAAAAGAAAACAUGGUAGCCAUACGCCACACACACAACAUUUUGACGUCCAGCCCGCCCCUCUCUCUCCCCUCCACUCCCCUCCCUCUGUCUCCAUCGAUCUGCAGAAGGGGGACUAUUCGGCGGAGCUGCAGGCGCGCCAUCGUCGUGUGUUGCAUGAGCUGCACGCCGCCCAGGAGCUGGCGCAGAUCUUUGACAAGAAGAACCGGUCGUUGCAGGGCGACAACCAGCGGCUGCAGGAGCGGCUAAGGACCAGGGAGGACGACCGGCAGGCCGUCAUGAAGGAGCUCGUGGCCGCCAGACGGGAGAACAAGAGACUGAACAAUGAAGGUGCGGGCCCGGUGCGGAGAGAGUUGCUGGCUGGCUGUGUCUCCCUUUCUGUCUCUCUCUCUCUCUCUCUGUGUCACAUAUCUGUGUGUGGCUGUCCAUCGUCACUGUCUGUUGUGUCAGUUGAGGAGCUGACGGACGCUCGACUCAGAGAGCAAAAGGGUCGGUCAGUGACUGCCUGCCUGCCCACCCAGAAAAAACGCUAGAUCGGAUUGAGUGGUGCACUGCACUGCAUCCAUAUUCUUGUAUGUACACAGCGGGCAGCCAGAUGGAGGCGACGGCGUCCUCAGCGCCCCAGCGUGAUGGCCAGGAGGGAAUGAAGCCGCCGCAUGGCAUCGACUACAACGCCAACCGGAUCUACGAGCGCGACCUGCAGCGCAGAGAGGUAGGUGCCCCCGCGUAUCUAACGACACAUAUAUGCUCAGGCAGUGGGUGAGUGAUCUUACUCUUUUUGUCUUCCCAACGAGCUCUGAUGCAGGAAGUGCAGCGUCUCAGGAGGUCAGACAGACGGGACGGUCCGUCUGUGGACACUUGACAGACAGACAUUGAUGCGCGUGUGUGUGUGUGUGUUUACGUAUGUUGUUAUGAGUGCAGGGCUUUAGAGGCAGAGAGGCGGGCCAACGCGGGUCUGCAGCGCCAGCUCAACAACUUCCUCGCCUCACGCUCAGAGUGCGAAAUACUUCUCAGAGGCGCACUCGACGACGUCAAGCACGAGGUCCGAGGAUGGAUACAAGAGACACACGUCUUUGCGGCGUUGGGUGCGCGUGUGUUUAUGUGGGUAAUGCAGAUCCGUCGUCGUCGUGCGGCAGCAGCGCAGGAGGGCGACCGGCGGACCCCCGUGCCGCCGACGGAGGAGGUGCCAGUGCAGGAAUUCUCAGUCGCAGACAGAGAACGGGUCAGUCAGGCAGGGAUGGAGGGACACAGACUGUUGGGAAGAGAAACUAUGUUUGUGUAUGUGCGAGUCAGGUCAUCGAGUUGCUCUUAUCGCAAGAGAGGUCAGCAAGCAGCCUCACACCAAGGGGACACACGACGGAGACACACAUGAUCACAUGAUGAACGCACACACAGCGAUUUGGUGUUCUCGUGUUUUGUGUGUGUCAUCACCGUGUGUUCUGUAUGGCUGCAGGGUGGUGCAGUGUCUGUACGAGCGCACCUUCCCCGACGUCCAGCAGACGACGCCGCCGGCAGACUGACAGACCUGUCUGUCUACAUGUACGUGUGCCCGUCUGGUCUGUCCCCGGGAGGACAAUGGAUGUCUGCUAACGUGUGUGUGUGGUGUGUUUUUCCUUUCUGCUCGGUCGGAGUCCGGAGUUGG